AAUAUUAUUAAAAUAUAUGGAAUAUCUCAAAAUCCAGAUACAAAAAAUUAUAUUAUAGUUCUUCAACAUGCAGAAGGUGGAAAUUUUAGUAAUUGGGUAAAUAUGAAUUAUAAAGAUUUUAAUUGGAAGAAUAAAAUAAAAGUAUUAGGUGAUAUUAUUGAAGGCCUUAAAGAAAUUCAUGAAAAACAAAUGGUUCAUCGUGAUUUUCAUACAGGAAAUAUAUUAUUCAAUAAGGCUUCUGCUUAUAUUUCAGAUAUGGGAUUAUGUGGAAAAGUUGAAAAAAUUGAUAAAAUAAGUGAAACAAAAAUUUAUGGAGUUAUGCCUUAUGUAGCUCCUGAAGUUUUAAGAAAAAAACCUUAUACUCAAGCAGCAGAUAUAUAUAGUUUUGGUAUGAUUAUGUAUUUUGUAGCAACUGGAAAACAACCUUUUGCCAAUCAUGAACAUAAUCAUAUUUUAGUAUUAAAUAUAUGUGGAGGAAUUAGACCUGAAAUAAAUGAAUUAGAAUUACCAAAAUGUUAUAUUAAUUUAAUGAAAAGAUGUUGGGAUUCAAAUCCAGAUAAUAGACCAAAUACUAUUGAAAUAAAAGAA